CGGUCAUAUUGAUCCUGCCAGUAAUUCUUGCAAUAAACGCUGCGGCCUGAUUCAUGUUCGAACAUCACAUCCUAACAGUAGAUUCUUUUAACCCUUUUUAACCUUUUACUCUCAGUAACGCGCUAUGGCGGAAUCAUCUCAUUCUCUCGCCAAAAGACGGCGAACGUCAGCCUCAGAGACAAACAAAUAUCCCGUCAUCGCUGGCUAUAGAAUCGCCAGUUACGCACCACCGGGAAAACAAUUGACAAUGAAUGAACAGAAAAUAAUAUACCAUGCGUGGAAGAAAAGCGGCUCACCACACAACCCGCUAUGCUAUACCUGCCGCAAGCCGGGGAACAUGUUAUUAGGUUGCGGUGCCUGCUGCCGAUCAUACCACCAAACUUGCCUCCCAAAGCAAUCAGAGCAACGAAAAGAAUUCUAUUGUGACGCAUGUGUUAGGAGAGGCUGGCACACUCAACCCCCCUUGUUUGAAGAUGAGAAGUCGAAUCAGUCUCAUCCAAAAGCUACAACUGAGCCUGUCCAACGAACUACAAUCAAGUUUGAGGAAGUAAAGCCGAUUCUCGAGAUUUCCAACAGUACUAGCUCCGAGAAGACGCAUGGCAAGUCCGAUGUUUUAGACAACUCAUCACCUACAUCUGAACCUAGUAGAAUGUCAAAUAGCGGACAUGGCGACGUUAUGCGCUCUCUUCAGAGCCUUCGUGAAAGGGUCACUAUCCUUGAGAAGGAAAAUGAGGCACUGCGGCUCAAUUCAAGACCCAAAAACCCAAAGAAGCGCGAGUUUAGCGACUGACGACUUUUUUUUUUUUACAAAAAAAAACUUACUGCUCUGGAAUUAUUGUUUCAGAGAACUUGUAUACUAUCGU